UCCUGCCGCCCGUGUGUGACAUCACACUAAAUGCUGGCCGUUUUGCAUCUAGACACAAGAUAAGCCACCGGAGGACAACACAGAGCAAAUCAGAGCUGUGGGGGUAUACAUUCAUUACGAACGUUUUAUAAUUCCUAUUGGAGAGUUGCAUCCCUUCUCCUGCUCCCAGGGCUCCUGUCAAACCACAUACUUGGAAUUCGCCCAAAGAUCUCACUACUGACAUGAGGCUACAUCUUUGUGGUUGGCUAACAGAAAGCUCACUUUGCAUUGACACAGAUGAAUAGUUUUCUUGUUGUCGGCCACUGAGUCACAACUUUGAUGAUGACCUCCAGCAUAUCUACUUUGUAAACAACACCCUUCCCACUGACUGCUGAGGCAGAGGCAUCCUUAACUUUGUGAACCAUGUCCCGUCCGCCUCAUAACCCCUAUCCCUUUGGGAGCCAAAGUUCUACCCAGCGGCUAAAUGUACUUGGGUCUUCUGGAGCAUCCUCUGUGACUUCUGACACUUCUUUGGGAACAGUUCCUUCACGACAUGCUUUUCCAGUGAGAUACACCCAACCACAGAGUAGGGCCAUUACAGAAGAGGAUAUGGAGAGGUCUACAGAAAUGCGUAUAGGUCAAGCCAGGGAGGAGAUGAGGCACCAACCUGUGGACCAGGGCCCUUGUUUUACCAGCACUCAAAGAGACAAGUUUAUUUCUUCAACUGCAAGGGUGACCUCCAGUCCAGUGUGCUCAUCCUCUCAAAGACACUCUGAUUUUAAAAGUGGCGCCAGUUCCUUGGACUGGCCAAGUUACAAGAAAACCACCGAAGAUGAUUCUUCUAGAUUUUUUUCUUCAUCUACUUCUCUGAGCUUUCUAAACAGUGGUGGCAGUGUUUUUAAUGCCUCCAGUGAAAGGGAAUGUGAUAUGCAGUCCAUUCCAGGCUUAGGUGAUUAUGACUAUCGACUACAAGACAAACCUGUGGUUCCUAGUGACUCCAGUUACCCUAAAUACACUUCACAAGAGGCUGCUAACAUCCUUUUGCGUUUUGGGCUUGAAAAAGAGGACUUGGAAUAUCUGAUCACUUACCCUGAAGACCAGAUUACCCCUGGUAACCUGCCUUUUAUCUUAAGACAAAUCCGCAUGAAAAAGGCUGAGAAUGUUACAACUACCAUUCAUUCAAAACCCUGUCCUGAACCUCAAUCCACCACCAGUAUGACCGGAAUGGACAAGUUCAGUUCUUUGAGAGGGGAAGGGAUGCACCAGGACACAUUGUCACCAAUUAUCAAACCAAGUAAAGUAAUUGACUAUGGACAUACUAGCAAAUACACUGGAGGGUUUGGCGAUGAAAUCGGAAGGAGCAGUGGCAGUAGAGCAAACAGUGGUGCAAGUGGAAGUAUGUCACUGAUGGACUCUUACGACGAUAGCAACCGCAAUAGAGAACCACUCCAAAAAAGUAUGACAGAAGUGAAAACCAGUGCCUUGGUUUCUUCAUGUGACCAACAGGGUACUGUUUCUAGUAAUAGCUCAAUGCAGAGCUACGUGCCUCCUGUAAGCAGAAAUCCAACACAACAGUUGCAGACCCAGCCAAGCCAGGCAUCUCAAGAAGUCAUCAGUUCUUUCUCGCUGCCAAAGAAAGACACAGACUUGAGACUUCUCAAAUCCAAACCGGUUCCUUUGAAAGAAUCAGAGCCAGAUUGCCGUUUGGCACUGAAAAUCAAACCACCCCCUAGUCUUGUUCGUGGUGUGCAUCCUGACCGACCUGGCCUUGUGCUCAUUGGCAGUAAUGAUGACCGUUGCACCAAGGAUCAGAGUAAAAGCAAAGGACAAGAGCCAAAGGUUGCUGAGCAGAUAAACAAAAAGAAGAUGCAUCCAAAACAAGUGCAACAGGAACUGAAGAAGCAGACUGAGCAGCAGCAGCAGGCACAGAAGCAGCCAGUAAUGCCGAAGGGGCAAAACCAACCUAGAAAACUAGUUCCUCCCGUACUACCUCAGAUAAUCCCUAAAGCAGUGAACUUUGUUCCUAUGCCAACAUUGGCCAUGAUGCAAGACUAUGCUGCAGCCACACCACAAACCUUUCCACAUACCUGUUCUCUGUGUUUGCAAAAAUGUACUUGUAUGAAGGAUUGGCUCCUUCACCAGAAUACCAGCCUUCACCUCGACAACUGCAAACAUCUUCGGAAACGAUACCCGCAUUGGGAUGGUAAGGUACUACCAUUACCAAGUGCUUCAGGUACAGAAAAAAAGCCAUCGCCCUCCACUUCUGGCAAGACUUCCCAGCGUCGUCACCAGAAAACUAGGCGUGAGAGUCAUUCCCGUUCUUGCUCGCGCAGCCCACGGCGUCGCCUUGGUUCAGAUGGCAGAAGGCCUAAACGCGGUAGCUAUACACGUUCUCGCUCAAACAGCCCUCACCGCUACUACAGCUCUGACGGGAGAAGAGAGAAAUUUGGUAGUGGAUCACAAUCACCGUAUGGCUCCAGACAUACUCGCAGGUCCCGGUCUCGUUCCUUCUCACCACGGUACAACCGUCUGGCCUCCUUCCAUUAUCGUUCACGUUCGAGGAGCCACGAGAGACGAUCCUCACCAAGAAGGAGGGAUGAAAAACAGUCAGUACCAAAGAGAAGUGAUGAGAGACGAUCACCGCCAAGGAGAAGAGAUGAUAAACGUUUGCCACCGAGCAGAACUCAUAAGAGACCAUCACCAGAAGAGAGGUUAUCGCUUCAACAAAAGACGUUGAACAGCAGUACAAAAAGACUUGCUAAACAGCUACUGGAAACCCCAGCUCUCCAGUCUCUGUCCAAACAGUCUGACCUGGAGACCAUGGCUAAAACAUUAGCUCCUGUCUUGCUGGCUGAGCUAGCCAAGAUGAAGUCACCAUUAACAUCACUAUCAUCCUCUGCUUCUGCUUCAUUAUCCUCCUCGAAGAAGGAGAAGACUACUAAGUCAUCAGAAGCUAAACCUAGACUUCAAAAGAGUGAUGCAAGUUCCUCUUCAAAACCUAAGACUCCUCAAGCUUUGCCUUCAACUGCGGUUAGACUACAGGGGAUUCUAAAGACUAUUUCUCAUGAAGAUGUGGUUGCUGCUUUGGAGCACUUUGGAAAAACUGAGUCAGUUGUAUUGUACAGGUCCAAGCUAGAGGCAAAAGUGAACUUCGUGAAAGAGGAUGAUGCUCAGAAACUGAAAAAGUUGAAGGAUAUCAACAUAAAAGGAACAGCGGUCACUGUUGUCGGAGAACAGGAUGCUGUGUCAAAGAAGCCUCUUCCCACUUUUACCAAAGAACAGUGGAAGCCUUCACAGAAAAAAACUGCCAAGUCCAGGAUGACCACCCUUUUGUCCACUAAAGCCAAUGUGGCUGGAAGUUCUCUUAAAAAGCCAUCAUCUUUACCAUCUGGAGACAAAAAACCCACAACAGGCAAACUUGUUACUAAAGCAAAAGUCUUAGUUUCCAAAGCAAAAAGUAUCUCAACAAAACAGAUAUCCAAAACAUUAAAAAAAGGCAACAUGGCUGCAAAAGGGGCUGUAAAAUCGGUUGAAGAAAAAAAAAAUGCAUCAAAGGUUAAAGGAAGCAAUAAUUCCAAAAGGUCAGGCAAGCAGCAGGAUCCUGGUAUCUUAAAACAAAGAACUACGUUCAAAAAAUCUGAAAGCAAUGCUAAAAGCUCUGCAGUGGCACCUAAAAAUAGAGUCAAGAUGGAUAAAUUGUCAAACAAGACUGCAGGACCAAUUAAAGACAGUGCAACUGUCACUCAUGCAAAGGUCAUAGUUACCCAAGCUCAGCUAGCCUCAACUGUGGAUAAGCCUCCUCCUGCAGCAGGAACUGUAAGAAAACAAAAUCAGAAAGAAACUACUCUAAAGGGCACAAAUGUCACAUCUAAAUCUACAACUUCAGAGAAGAAGCCUGAUGUAGAGACUUUCAAGACCCCAAAAGCUGAAAUAAAGGUUCAGCGGUCAGCGGUGGUGAGUGAAGUCCAAGCCAAGGUUCUUGAGGCAAGAAAUGCAACAGCUUCUGAAAUAAAGAACCAGGCAGAAUUUGUCAAAAUUUAUGGUAAGGAAAAAGAGGUCAAACACACUGAAAAAUUGGAGUCUGGGGAUACAAAAGUGGCAGUGCCCAUGGAAGUUGAAAGCUUUCCUGAAAGCGAAGCGGAAAGAUGUAUUGGUAGAAAGGCCUUAAUGACUAAGUCCACCGAGAAUCAACCACCAGCCAGCACAGUUGUUAAAUCUCCUCCAAAAGCUCCUGCUGAUCCAUCUCAGACACCACAGGCAACUGUCAAAAGUUCAGAAACCUUGUGCAAAGCCUCAUCCCAGAUACUCGAAAGUGCAGUACUAGAACCUGACUCGACUGCACAAGGACAAACACAACAGCAGACUGCAGGGAGCUCAGCUGAAGUGGCUUUGGAGUCAAAGCAGACAGCUGAAAGGGUAGAGAAUAUCAAAGAACAAAAAGGCUUGUUGGGAAACAUUCAGGCCACAAAUGUACCAUCUAAAUCUACAGCUUCAGAGAAUAAGCCUGAUGUAGAGACUUUCAAGACCCCCAAAACUGAUACAAAGGUUCAGGAAUCUGCAGCCAUACCUGAAGAUGGAGCCAAGGUUCCUGAAACAAGAAAUGUGUCAGCUUCUAAAAUGACACAGCAGGCAGAAUUAGCCAUAGUUGAUAUUAAGACAAAAGAGGCUAGCCACACUGAACCACUGGAGUCGGGGAAUACAAAAGUGACAGAGCCCACAGAAGUUGAAAGCACUACUGACAGAACACCCUUACUAACCCAAGCUGAUGAGGGUCACACACCAAGUACAACAGAGAUGACACUAUAUAUGUCUCCAACAAAACUGCUGAUUGAUCCACCCCAAGGGCCACAGACCACCAUCAAAAAAAUGGAAACCUCGGAGGAUACAAAGGUUCAAGAAUCUGGAAAAGUGUCUGAAAACACAACCAAGGUCCCUGAAACAAAAAAUGUAUCAGCUUGUGAAUCAAAGCAGCAAGCAGAAUUAGUCAAAGUUGAGACAAAAGAAGCCAAACACACUGAACCACUAGAGUCUGGGAAUACAAAAGUGACAAAGCUCACAGCAGUUGAACAUACUGCUGACAGAACAGCCUUACUAACCAAAUCAAUUGAGGGUCAGACACCAACAAGUAUAACUGAGACUACACCAGCUGUAUCUCCGGCAAAAAUUUCACCCCAGAAAACAGCAGAAGAUUCGGAGGAUACAAAGGUUCAGGAAUCUGGAUCUGUUGAAGAUGAUGUAGAGGAAAAAGAAGCCAAACACUCUCAAACAUUGGAAUGUGGGAAUAUACAAGUGGCAGAGCCCAUGGAAGUUGAACAUUCUGCUGAGAAAAAGGCCUUACUAACAAAAUCCAAUGAUGGUCAGACACCAACCACUACAGCUGAGACCACACCAGAGAUAUCUAUAACAACUGAUCUUCCCCAGAGACCACAGACCAUCAUCAAGAAAACAGAAACCUUGGAGGACACAGAGGUUCAAGAAUCUGCAACAGUAACUGAAAACACAGCCAAAGUUCUUGAAAUAAGAAAUGCAACAGCUUCUGAAGUGAGGCACCAAACAGAAUCUGCCAAAGCAGAGACAGAGGCAAAAGAGCCCAAAUACACUGGAGCAGUGGUGAGUGGGUAUACAAAAGUUGCAGAGUCAAUGGAAGAUCAAAGUUCUGACAAUGGUGAAAAGUUGCCAUGUAGAAAGGCCUCACUAACCAAAUCCAGUGAGAGUCAACCAUCAAACAAUACAGCUGAGGCCACUUUAGAUGUAUCUCUACCAAAGUCUUCUACUGAGCCACUUAAGACACCACAGAUGACCAUAAAAAGGCCAGAAUCAUCACAGAUCCUGCAGAGUAUGACACCAGAUCCAGAGUCCACAACUGCACAAGGAGAAAUACAACAGCAGACAGCCGGACACUCAACUGCUCUGGAGGCAAAGCAGACAGUACAGAGUGUGAAGACCAUCACACAACAAAAAGAUCCUGUGAUUGCUGUGACGACCCGAAAGGAUCCACCAUCAAAAACUGUCAGCAAUAUUUCGGCUGUGUCAACUGAAGUAGGUGCAUCUGCCAAAACUGAGCCAACAGCUGCAGCAGAAGACAAACGGCAGCCAACAGCAACUGUGUCUUCCUCGGUUGCUUUUAGCAACCUGACCAUCGGGGAGAAGAUAGAAAAGCUCAUGCAUAACGACAGUCUGAGUUGUUUGAAAAAGAGUAAAACACUACCAUCAAAGGUGUUGUCAAUCACUAACCUACCAGAAUAUCACAGUAGCUGCUACACAGAGGUGGAUGUUGCCAAUCUACUCAGCCCAUUCGGAUUUCAGUACCUGGAUGACAACAUCUACAUUAUUCCUCAAAUGAGUAUGGCUUUUGCUAUCAUGCCGAGUUUAAAGGCAGCGGAAAACCUCAUCAAAGCAUCAGAUGAGAAGAGCAUUAUUUUCAAUGGAUCUACACUCUGUGUAGAGGCUAUAAUCUCCCCCUUUCCAAUGAAUCCGCUUGGGUUUUAUAGCUCUCUGAUGAAACUGGUUCAUUAUCAGCAGGUGACUGAUCACGGAUCAACAGUUAUCUUUAUUAAGAGAAUCUCCCCAAGUGAGGCUGGACAUCUGAGGGAAGCUUUGAAAAAGAUUGGUUCUGUGAAAAACUACCUUCCUCUCCUCAACAAGGUGUUUAUCGAAUUUGAGUCCAUUUAUGAUGCUGAUCGACUCGGAGUUUGGUACAGCCUCCUGAAACAGGGCUUUGGCCACAAAGUCUGCAGGAUUAAAAUACCACAAAAUGAAUGUACAUCACGACCACCCAGACUGGCAGCAAAAGCUUUACCGGACAGCAAGGAUGUUGCUGAAGGGGCGACCAUCCCUACAACAAAUUUCGGUGUUCCGCAGGGCAGCACUUCACCGUUUUGGGUCACAAUGAAAACUUUUCCCUUCUUGUUCCCUACUGUGUCUCCUUGGUUCAUCAUCCCAGGUUUUCAAACAGUCAACCGGACAAAAAUGCAGAAAACCCGCCCUCAAGGCUCUGUGUUUCCCCAUGUCAUGUUGACUGGUUUGCCAGAAGGAAACUACAGGCACGAGGACGUCGCCAAGGUGGUGUGGCGCUAUUUCCCCGUUCAUAAUCAUCAUACUCUGAACAACAGCAUCAUUGUUUUAUCGCUGCAGAGGAGGGCCUUUGUCUACUUCAGCAGCUGGAAUGACUGCACCAAUUUUGUCAAAGAUCACAUCAAAAAUCCAGUUUCUGUUGGAGGCCGGAUACUCGACGUCCACUUUGUGCUACGGGACAUGCAUCCUGGAUCCAGUGAGGAGAUCAAAUACAGAAAUAUGAUGAAAUGGAGCAAUGCUCAUGUUACAGAGCUCGAGUCUCUGGAGGAGCGGCUGCUGUGUGUGGAGAUCUCUGAAACAUCUGUGGACCUCAUCAUGACAGUCGUGCAAGUGGUGGCUUCCAUUGCUGCUUUUGUCAGAUUCUUGCCACUCGCCAACAGGAUUUACAUUGAGAUGGCAGAAUCCAAUGGUGUAACACAGGUGCUGAAGAACAUUGCCUCAGUGGACUAUUUAUCUACGCAUGCAAUUUGGAGUAAAGUUCGACGUAUUGAAACUUUGAAGAACCUUAAACAGCAUCUGCAAGACUCCAGUGACAUUACAGUAAACCUUGAACUGGACACUAUCGACAUAAGCACAAAGUCCCCGGCUGUGAUAAGUGGAGCACAGCCUACUCCUUCUGAUAAAGCAGCAGAAGCGUCUCAGCAAGCCAGCUCUGCUGGUUCCCUCACAGCAGAACAGAGUGCAAUCGCUACUGGUGACCUAGGAAUGAAAGAAGCCUCUGAUAAACCAGGAACUGAGAUCACCACGACAUCCACCAUUGCUCCUCAGACAAGUCAGGAUGUAGAGAAAUCAGAAGGGAGAGAAGAAGGGUCACCAGCAACUCCAGUCACCUCUGCUGAUGGAAGUACUGUUCCAGCUGCUUGUAGUUUGACAAGUCUGGUCAAGUCUAUGGAAAACAUCAGAGAACUUCCUGUUGUUAAAGCUCAUGAGCCUGGACUGAUUCAAGGAACCAAAACACAGCAUGUGGAUAAAAAGAGCCCCGACAGCAGCAACACAACCUCUAGAAACAAGCUGGAUGAAGGAAUGAUAGAAGAAAAGCAGACCUGCAAAGUGGGAAGAGAAACACAAAACCUGGUUGUGUCACCUGCCGCCAAACAAAUCUCUCCAAGGUCCUUGAAAGACACUAAGAGCAGCUCAUCUUCUAGUGUCAGUGAGACCUCUGUCUCCUCUUCUCUACAGUCUAUUGAAACUCCUGCCUUCCCUAGUCAGGAAGCACAGACAGACAAGCCAGAGUCUCCAGAGAUAGCCUCACAUACUCCGUCCUCAGACGUAAGGGCCUGUUCAUCAAAGAUGGCAUCAACAGCAGCAGUAGAUGUGGCAGUAGAGACACAUCAGCUCCAUAGAGAAGACGCAACACCCACAGAAAGUGCAGUGGGGAAGUCUGACCACAAAGUGUCAGCAGAGAGCAUUACUACAGAGACAAAAAUAGAAACAUCAUUAGAGAUGCAUUCAGCUGCACAGAGACAGGAGUUAGAGUUGACAAGCCAAACACAGAGUCUGGAAAUGGAUUUUAACAAUGGCAUACUCAACAAGCUGAAGGAAAGCACAGGAAAAGAAUGUGAAAAAGAAGAUUUUGACAAGUAUUCUGAGGAAGAAGACUAUGAAGAUUACCAAAUCCUUGAUUCAAUUGAUGACCAAAUGGAUGAACAGAUGGAUGAGUAUGAGCACGAAGACGGCACUGAAACCAAGUUAUCUGACGCUGCCCAGGAGCCAUUGGAUUCUCACCAAGUGUUUGAUAGUGUUACUGAAGAACAUUCAGCUAUAGUUAAAGAGGUGUAUCAAGAAGCUGCAGCUAAUAAGGAUAACGUGUUAGAUACAAGCAAGAACCAAACUCCAAGGAGCAGUGGAGGUCAGAUAAUACAAAAACAAGAAGAAAUGCAGAGAUCCUUUAAAGCCUCCAAAGAUACUAGCCAAAUCCAACAUGAUGAAAAACAGCUUCUUGAAGACCAAGACCACAAAGAUGUGUCAACAGACGCAGAUGGUGCUGAAGAAGAAGCCUUUGAAAUAUUGGAUUCAAUUGAUAAUACUGAUGACCAUGCUUCUUCAGACACCCAUCUUUUUGGUGAGCAAAAUUUCAGCUUGGAAGACUUUGUCACUGUUGAUGAAAUUGAGGAUGACACGGAAGACGUAACCUUCAGUCACCAAAGCUCUUCUUCAUCUGAGCAGAACUCUAGAAGCAAAAGAGAAGGGGAAAGCUUAGAUGUUUCAUCGUCUGGUAAACAGACGUCAAAAACAUCCUGCAGCGAUUCCAAGAUCUCAGCCUCUCACUUUGCCUCCUCAUCUUUCUCAUCCAAGCCAGCUGAUGUCACUGUGAAAGGCAGCUGUUCUUCUAGUGUAAGUAAGACCACUGUCACUAUCUCUUCUAAGUCUGUUAAAGCUCGUGCCUACCCUGGUCAGAAAACACAGCCAAGCACGUUAAAGUCUCCAGUCAGAGCAACACAUACUUCAUCCUUAAAUUGCAGGACCCAUUCAUUAAAGACUGCAUCAGCAGCAGCAUCUGAGACAUCAGCUGACACACAUAAGCUGUACAAAGAAGCAAAAACUGCAGAGUGCGCAGUUGUAAAGUUGGCACAAAAGGUGUCAACAAAGCGCACGGCUGCAAAAACUGCUGAGUCAGAGUCAAGACAGUCACCUGGACCGAAGAAAGGCCAGAGACUGCAUGAGGGGGGCCAUCAUGUCAUGGACAGUGUUACAGACAAAGUCAAAGAAGAGUGCAGUGACACUGGAUUGGAUGCUUCUCUCCAAGUACUAGGUAGGGUUACUAAAGACAAAGUAGCUAUAGUUCAAGAGGACAGUCACCUGGUUGAAGAUGAAGACUCCACAGAGAAGAAGACGGCUGACGAAAACAAGAUUCAGGUAACAGAAAAUAAUAAUAAACCUGCUGUUCAGGAUGCAGCUGAUAAAAAUGAAGUUUCAGAUAGAAGUAGGAAGCAAACUUUAAGAGCCCAAAGACAAGAAAGAAGAAUAAAAGAAAAAGAAGAAAUGCUUUCAGAAGAAUCCUGCAAAGCUUCAAAAGAUGCUGAAGAAAUCACAAGUGGUAAAAAUCAGUCUUCUGAUGACAGAGACAUGAAAGAUAAUUCAUCACAUUGUACUGAUCAAGAAGCCUUUGAGAUAUUGGAUUCAACUGAUGAUCAUGCUUCAUCAAACACCCAUCUUUUUGACAGGCAAAGUUUCAACUUGGAAGACUUUGUCACUGUUGAUGAAAUUGUUGAUGACAUGGAAGAGGCAGCCUUCGACAACCAAAGCACCUCUUCAUCUAACCAGAACUCUAGAAGGGAAAGAGAAAGUCAAGGCUCCGAUGUUUCAUCUUCUGUCAAGCAGACCUCAACAAGAUCCUUGGAAGACUCCAAGAGCUCAGUGACUUGCUCUUCUUUCACACCUUCCUCAUCUAAGCCCGUGAAAGCCACUGUGAAAAGCUGUUUGUCUAUGGCUGUGGAAACUCCUGCCUUCUCCGUUAAGAAAGCACUGUCACAUAAACCAAAAUCUCCAGCCAGAGCAUUGCAUACUUCAUCUUCAGGUUGUAGGACCAGUUCAUCAAAGAAGGUAUCACCAGCAGCUGGAAGUAGAGUAGAGACUUGCCAGCCAAAUAAAGAACAAGCAAAAUCAGCAGAGAGUUCAGUGGUAAAGUCUGACCACAAAGUGUCAGCAGAGGGUAUUGCUUUGAAAACUCUUGAGUCAAGUCAGUCACCUGGUCCUGGUCCUGAACAAGGCCAGAAAUUUCACGGGGGAAGCUAUAAGGUCUUGGACAGUAUUGAGGAUGAAGGCUCUGAGGAAUGCAGUGAAAUGGAUGCUUCUGUCAAAAUACUAGACAGUGUCACUGAAGACCAUACAGUAACAGUUCAAGAGGCCACUCAAAUGGUCGAAGAUGAAGGUUCCACAUUAAAGCAGCUGUCAGAUGAGCAUGUGAUUCAAGUAGUAGAUAAUUCUGAUAAAUCUAUUGUUGAAGAUGCAGCUGAUAAAAAUGAAGUUUUAGACACAGGUAAGAAUCAAACUUCAAGGAGUAGGGGAGAUGGAAGGAGAGGGAAAGAAAAAGAAGAACAAAUGCAUUCAGAUGAAGCCUGCAAAGACUCCGGCCAAAUGACACAUAUUGAAGACCAAAGCAAUACAGAAAAUUCACCAGGUGGUACUGAACAAGAGGCCUUUGAGAUAUUGGAUUCAGCUGAUGAUCACACUGAUGACCAGAGUGCUUUAGACAGCCACCUUUUUGAUGAGCAAAAUUUUAACUUGGAGAAUUUUGUUACUGUUGAUGAAAUUGUUGAUGACACAGGGGAUGACCAAUGUUCAGAUGUCUUUUCUUCUGCCAAACAGACCACAUUAAGGUCCUCAAAAGACUCUGAGAGUUCCUUGUCACCCUCUUCAUCUAAGCCCACUAAAUCCACUGUGAAAAACAGUUUGUCUUCUUGUGUCAGAAAGACCUCUGCCACCUCUUCUUUACAGUCUGAGACUUCUGCCUCAUCUGGUCAGAAAGGGCUGUCAAACAAGUCUUCAUCCUCAGGUUGUAGGACCCGUUCAUCAAAGCUGGCAUCGACAACAGCGCUUGAGGCAACAAUAGAGACUCAUCAGUUUCACAGAGAAGAAGCAAAUCCCACAAAGAGUGCAGGUGUAAAGUCUGCCCACAAAAUAUCAGCAAAGGACAUUACUACACAAAAUGUUGAAUCUGAGUCAAGACAGUCACCUGGAGCUGAGCAAGGCCCGGGAUUACACGAAGGAGGCUUUCAGGUAUUGGACAACGUUAAGGAUGAUUGCAAAGCCUGCUCAGAGGAAUGCAUUAAAACUGGAUUGGAUACCUCUCUCCAAGUGCUAGACAAUAAUACCCAAGACCAGAUGACUGCAAUUCAAGACGACAAGCUUCUCGUCAAAGAUGAAAGUUCCACAGUAAAACAGCUGUCUGAGGAAAAUUUGAUUCAAGUAGUAGGUAAUACUGAUAAAUAUGCAAUUGAACAUGCAGCUGUUGAAAAUAAAGGUUUAGAUAAAAGUGGUAACCAACCCCUGAAGAGCAGUGGAAAUGAAAGCAAGGGGGAAGAUAAAGAGAAGCUUUCAGAAGAAUCUUCCAAAGCCUCCAAAGAUGCUGGCCAAAUCCCAACUGAUAAAGACGAGCCUCUUGAAGACAGAGACAACAAAGCCUCUGUAACAGAUGGUAUUGAACAAGAAGCCUUUGAGAUAGUGGAUUCAAUUGAUGAUCACGCUGAUGACCAGGUUGCUUCAGACACCCACCUUUUUAAUGAACAGAAUUUUAACUUUGAGAGUUUUGUCACUGUUGAUGAAAUUGUCGAUGAAACGGUAGACACAGCAUUUGACCACAAAAAGUCAUCUUCAUCUCAGCAAACCACCAGAUGGAAAAGAAAAAGGCAAAGCUCAGAUGUGUCCUCUUCUGCCAAAUAUUUCUCAGCCAGAUCCACGAAAGACUCCAAGAGUCAAGCUUCUUUAUCUUACAUAUCCAAGCCCACUGAAGAUUCAGUGAAAAGCACCUUGCCUUCAAGCUUCACCUCUGUGACACGGAAAAAACAAAAAGAUUCAUUUGAACGAACCAAAUUCAACACCAGACCUUUUGCAUCUCCUAGGGGCAGUAAAAACCCUUUAUCCUCUUCUCCACUUUCUGUGAAAACUCACGCAUCCCCUUGUCUCAAAGCACAGCUGCACAAGACAGAAUCUCAAGCCAGAGCACCACAUACUGUACCCAGAGGCUGCAGGACCCAUUCAUCGAAGAUGGCAUCAACAGCAGAUAUUGAGGUGUCUGUAAAGACUCAACACUCACACAGGGAGGAAGAAAAACCUACAGAGUCUGACCAUAAAGUGUCAGCCGAGGGCAUUACUGCAGACACAAAAAUUGAAACAUCACCAAAAAUGCAUCCACCUGCGCAGGGAAAACACAGAACACAGAGUUUAAAAAUUGAUUUUAAGGAUGAAAGAUAUUGGAAAGGUGAUUAUGUUGGAAAAUAUAUAGAGGAGGAGGAGGAUGAAGAAACUUACCAAAUCAUUGAUUCAGUUGAUGAUCAAACAGAAGAAAAGCUGGAUGAAGAGGGAAAACAUGACAUUAGUGCUAAAGCCAAGUCACCGGGACCUGAGCAAGGCCAGAAAUUGCAUAAGGGAGGUUAUCAGAGUUUGGACUUUGUUGAAGAUAAAUUCACAAUCCAAAACAAUAAAAACCAAGACAUCCAAGGCACUACAACGGAUGAUACUGAAGGCUUUGAGAUCCUGGAUUCAGUUGAUGAUCUGACUGAAAAAGAUGAUGAUUGCCAAACACUUGAAAACCUCAGCAAUGAGGUAUCUAAAGGAGACAGAGAAGCCACAGAAGAAGAGGAAGAGGCUUACGAGGUUAUCGAUUCUGUAGAAGAUGAGCCAACGACCACAGAGACAGAAUUGGAGGCUGACAACAAGGAAAAAAGAACUGAGAAGUAUGAUGAAGCUAAACAAGUUGAUAGGCCAACAAGGAGGAGUGGACCGAGAACCAGAACAUCUAAAAGUGAAGAGAAGUGGAAAUCGCCAAUGAAAGAGGACAAGAUGGUUAAAAAAUACAAGACAAGAACAAAGAAAAGCAUGAUAGAGAAAAACACAAUUGUUCUCAAGAAUACUGAAGAGAUCAUCCAAGUCAGUUUUGAUGAAGAUGAAUCAAUUCAAGAUGCUUCUACCCCAGAAAGGUCUGAUAGAAGUAAAUCUGUCAGAGGAAACAAAGAUGACGAAUUAGCAUGCACAGAGGCAUAUAAAAAACACCAUGGGGCAGAAACUGACAACAGCAAUCCAGCCAUCAUGGUGAGGUCUACCAGUGGGAGAAGGAAAAAAACACCUAAAGAAGUCUCAACAAAAGACAAGACUUCAACAAGGAGGCCCACAGGAACCAGAGAUCUACAAGAACAGAAUCUAGAGAAAACUGCAAAAACUGAAGAGAAAGCACCGCUAAACAAGAGGACACCAACAAAGGAAAGUGAUACCUUGAUAAAAGACCUAAGUGAGAAGGAGGCUACCUAUGAAAUAUUACACCCUGUGAAAGAUGAUAUUAAGGAUGAUCAACCUGGAACAUUAGAAAACACAGGCUGGGAAAGACCAAAGAAAUAUAUUGAGAAAACUUUUUUGGAUGACACAUCUGAGCUGGUGACUCUGGAUGAGGUGGGGGCAGAUGAGGGUGGAGAGGAUGGUGUGUUGGAGGGAGAAGAGUGGAACAGGGAGAUCACAGAGGAUGAGCUGCAGGAGUUUGUCACUUUGGAUGAGAUUGUUGAGGAGGAGGAAAAGGAGGUCUGCACGCUCAACCAGGACAGCCAGUCAGUGCAGCCCUCAAACCGAGAGACUUUGGCAAAUGUAAAAGAAGCAGGGGAUGAUGAGAACCAGAAAGGGGCCAGAGAGGGAGCAAAGAAAAUCUCAAGAUCUGCUAAACGCAAACAUGACGACAAUACAGAGGAGGAUGGAAACUUUGGAAGAGACAAAGAAAAGGAAGUAGUUACAACCAGGACAAGGGGCCGAGCCAUGAAGAGAACCAGACAGAAGCCUGUGAGAAAAUCUGUUAGUGGGAAAAAAGGGGACACAACACAUGAGAGACAAGAAGAUGUAGAAAUAGAGGCACUGCCUCCUGCUUCACUCCAGCCUUCCUCGUCACCUGAUAAAAAGUUAACUGCACUGUCAGGUGACAGCACGCCGGACAUCCAGAAAACAGAGGAGGAAGCAGCAAGCCAUCCCAGUGUUGAUACUGCCUCUGCCUGGAAGCGUCCAACACAUGAAGGAUGGAGGAGGACUGGUGUUAAAGCCAUCGGUAAACGAAGGAGGGAGCUUCUCAAACCCGAAGCAAAGCGACCUCGUUCUCAGUCUCCUUGCAUCACAGACGACUUGGACGCCGAUUCGUCCCUCGGUGAGGAGCACAUGGUCCCAAAAAUGGGACUUUUCUGUAAUCUCUGCUCCAUUUUCUACUUGGAUGAGCAAAAUGCCAAGGACCUCCACUGCAGAAGCCAGAAACACCAGGAGAACCUGAAGAAGCAUCAGCAGAAGCUUCGGUCGAGGCCUUCGAGAAUGUCAACGAGAAAUUCUCAAGGCUCUGUUUUGGAUUGAUUGAAUGUAACUGUGGGGUUUUCAGUUUUUUUGUUUUGUUUUAUUUUUUUGUGUUUUGUUUUUUUAAAUAAGAGGUGCAAUCAAAAACCAUAUGUGAUUCAGAUCUGGUGAGGAGUGACUCAACCCACAAACGUGAAACCUGGGAGAGUAUCUGCGUGUUGAACCACUGUAGAAGGUUUAACUUGACACAUUGAUGUGAAUAAUUAUCUGUUACAGUCAUGUUAGCUUAAAAACAUUAACUAAUGGCUUUCUGGUACUUUUUCAUGCAACAACUACCAUGAAGAAAAUUUUAUGCUUUGUCCGCGGUGCACCCAUUUCUCUAUGUUACAGUUUUAGUGCUUCAAACGUUACAUGACAUUAGUUACUAACACAAGGUAAAUGCACCUUGGUUGUUGUAGACCUCCUGGAAACAAAACUUUUGUUUUAUUUUUUUUUUUUUUAUGUUUCUAAUUUUCAAAUAAUGUAUUUGUUUUCUCACAUUUUCCUUCCUUGGUUUUUAGAUGUGUAACAUACACUAAUUUUCUUUAACUGAGCUUUGAUUGAUGGUGAAGCUUUAGAGCAGUCAUACUCAUCUCACGGCCCGCGGGCCAAAUCCGGCCCGUGAUUGGCUGGUGACCGGCCCGCGGCCAUUUCUUGUAAUUGCUCAAAUUAAAAUAAUUUUCCCUUU